UCUGUAUCAGUCUCUGGCAGGGUGUACUUCACAAUGGGCGGAGUCAUUACAUGUACUUUCAUAUAGACCACAAAGCACUCGAUAGAUUGGUUGUUCAUCCUUACAACUCCACUCGCUAUGCAUCCUCUAACCUUUAUUGUCUUCCUGGCAGCUGUAGGCCAGAUUCACGCAUCACCGACUAAGACCUACUGCCCGCUCUACCCUGAUGGCACUGACUACCAUUCACCGGACAGCCUGAGUUGCAGCAUUUUCUACAAGUGUAACUUUGGUGCCUGGGUUCAGUUCGACUGUCCGAGUGGGCUUAUCUUUAGGCCAGAUCUCAACAUUUGUGACUACCCCUCCACUUAUGUAUGCCCUAUCUGUCCUGUACCAUGUUCAUCCACUGGAACUUGUGACGCUGCAAAUAAAAAGUGUAUCUGCAAUACUGGCUACGGUGGGGCUGAUUGUAGUACAGAUAUUGAUGAAUGCUCAGCUAACACUGACAACUGUGAACAGAUUUGUACCAACACAGCUGGCUCAUUCACCUGUAGCUGUAUUCCUGGUUACACUCUCUCCCCCACUGGCACCUGUGUUGAUAAUGAUGAGUGUGCAUUAAAAACUGAUGGUUGCACUAAUGGAUGUCUCAACACACCUGGCGGAUUCCAAUGUGGAUGUCCUACUGGAUAUUCAGUGGAUGCUAGUGGAAACUGUGUAGACGUCAACGAAUGUACGGCCAAGACAGCCAAGUGCAGUAACAUUUGCAAUAACACUCCCGGUGGUUAUACUUGUGAUUGUCCUACUGGAUUUAGUCUUGCUUCUGAUGGAUUCGGUUGUAACAAGGUCGGCGGUCCAGUGUGCACACCAACAUGUCAAAAUGGUGGCACAUGUAUUUUGAGCCCAACAACCAACCAACCAGUGUGCCAGUGUCAGUUUGGCUUCCUUGGGACAGCUUGUGAAAUAAUCAAUGUGUGUGCCCCUAUCAAUUGUCAGAAUGGAGGAGUCUGUUCCAUCGUUGCUGGUCAAGGAAUGUGCACAUGUCCUCUAGGAACUAGUGGAUCCCAGUGCGAGAUAGUGGACCCUAACUUUAACCCAUGUCUCAUCUCUGGUGUCAAUUGUAAGAAUGGAGGUAAAUGUCUCUCCAACAAUGGUGUGGCCACCUGCUACUGUCCAAGUCCAUUCAUUGGCGCCACAUGCGAUCAAACAGGUACUGCUACACCACCUGACACAUGCAACCCAAAUAUUCUUUGUCAGAAUGGUGGACGCUGUAUUCAGGUCAACAACGCUCCAACCUGCUUCUGUCCCCAAGGAUAUGGAGGACUGUACUGUGAACAAGCUUUGAACCCUUGCUGCUACACCAACUGUCAAAAUGGUGGUCAGUGUGCUUACUCCAGUGGCUACUUGACUUGCCAGUGUCCAGAUGGCUUUACAGGACCCAGGUGUGAGCAAGUAACCGCCUGCCUUGGCUACACCUGUCAGAAUGGUGGUCGCUGUGUUCUGAAUGGAGGCAGUCCAACAUGUGAUUGUCCUAGUGGUUUCACUGGAGCCAAGUGUGAACAAUCUGACCCAUGCGGUUUAGUUACUUGUCUUAAUAAUGGAACAUGCAAUCUUGGUAGCCAAGGACAGUUGACUUGUGUAUGUCCAACAGGGUACACUGGAGAUUUCUGUGAGAUUAAAGUGGAUUGCAGCUCACUACAUUGUAUGAAUGGUGGUGUGUGCAGCGUACUAAACAAUAAGGCUGUUUGUGAUUGUCCAGUUGGUACCCAGGGAGACUACUGUGAGCGACGAGACAAUUGCGGACUGAACAACUAUCCUUGUCAGAAUGGUGGUGAAUGUUCUGAUACUGACCAAGGCUAUCUGUGCAGUUGUCCUUUUGGCUGGACAGGACCUACUUGUGGAGAGAUCAGGACAUGUAACAACAGUUUGGUUCAAUGUGAGAAUGGUGGCACCUGUGUGGACACACCUAAUGGAGUUGAUUGUAGUUGUAAGUCUGGAUUUACUGGCACAUACUGUGAGACUAUCCUGGAUGAUUGUGGUGGCUGUCAGAAUGGAGGUGAAUGUAAAGUCGCUGAAGUGUUCUCCAUAGAUUCUACUGUGAAGUCUUGUGCAUGCCCUUCAGGCUUUACUGGUGCACUUUGUGAGACUAUAUCAGACUGCACUAUCCCAUGUGACCCUAACUUAGGCAGAGGUGAAAGAUAUCAGAUGUUGGUCUUCCCUGACGUCACCUCACCAAAGCAUGCCUAUGUGUGUAGACAAGGGCUUCUUCAACGAGUUGAGAUCUGCCCCAAUUCUAGGUACAACAUUUACACCACGUCCUGUCUGACUGACGAACAAAUGUUACAAGCCACACAGACUUGCCAAGAUAACUACUACCCUUAAAGUCAAUCCAGGAUUCAUUUAUGAAAUGUUUAGAAAAUCAAUAUUUAACAACAAAUAAAAGUCAAAAUUUUACAAUUUUAUCCAUUUC